AUGAAACUAUUGAUUGUCUUGCUUGCCUUGGUGGCUGCAGUUCUGGCCAGACCUCAAGGAGGAUUUGGACCUCAAGGAGGAUUUGGAGGUCAGGGAGGAUACGGCGGUCAGGGAGGAUUCGGCGGUCAGGGAGGUUUCGGCGGACCUCAAGGAUAUGGCGGUCAAGGAGGAUUUGGACCCGGCGGCGGAAACGUCGGACACGGCGGAUUCGGUCAUGGUGGACAAGGCGGCUAUGGAGGUGGACACGGCGGAUUCGAAGGUGGUCAUGGUGGACAGGGUGGAUUCGGAGGUGGUCAUCACGGACAUGAGGGACAUCGUGAACAUCAUGGCCAUCGUGGACGCUUCUAA